UCCGGUUCGCAGGGGGUGGGGAGUGUUGUUAACCGGAGCGGCUGCCGCAGUCGCGGUGAUUGAGCGGGCUCGCGGCACUGGGCUCCUGGUCUCUGGGCCAGGGCAAUGUUCCGCACCGCAGUAAUGAUGGCGGCCAGCCUGGCGUUGACCGGGGCAGUGGUGGCUCAUGCCUACUACCUCAAACACCAGUUCUACCCCACUGUGGUGUAUCUGACCAAGUCCAGCCCCAGCAUGGCAGUCCUGUACAUCCAGGCCUUUGUCCUUGUCUUCCUCUUGGGCAAAGUGAUGGGCAAGGUGUUCUUUGGGCAGCUGAGGGCGGCGGAGAUGGAGCACCUUUUGGAGCGGUCCUGGUAUGCUGUCACUGAGACUUGUUUGGCCUUCACUGUGUUUCGGGAUGACUUCAGUCCUCGCUUUGUGGCGCUCUUUACUCUCCUUCUCUUCCUCAAAUGUUUUCACUGGUUGGCUGAAGACCGUGUGGACUUUAUGGAACGCAGCCCCAACAUCUCCUGGCUCUUUCACUGCCGCAUUGUCUCUCUUAUGUUCCUCCUGGGUAUCCUGGACUUCCUCUUCGUCAGCCACGCUUAUCAUAGCAUUCUGACCCGGGGGGCUUCUGUGCAGCUGGUGUUUGGCUUUGAGUAUGCCAUUCUGAUGACCAUGGUGCUCACCAUCUUCAUCAAGUAUGUGCUGCACUCCGUGGACCUCCAGAGCGAGAACCCCUGGGACAAUAAGGCUGUAUACAUGCUCUACACGGAGCUGUUCACAGGUUUCAUCAAAGUCCUGCUGUACAUGGCCUUCAUGACCAUCAUGAUCAAGGUGCACACCUUCCCACUCUUUGCCAUUAGGCCCAUGUACCUGGCUAUGAGGCAGUUCAAGAAAGCUGUGACAGAUGCCAUCAUGUCUCGCCGGGCCAUCCGCAACAUGAACACACUGUAUCCAGACGCCACCCCCGAGGAGCUUCAGGCAAUGGAUAAUGUCUGUAUCAUCUGCCGGGAAGAAAUGGUGACAGGCGCUAAGAGACUGCCCUGCAACCACAUCUUCCAUACCAGCUGCCUGCGCUCCUGGUUCCAGCGGCAGCAGACCUGUCCGACCUGCCGUAUGGAUGUCCUGCGGGCAUCGUUGCCAGCCCAGGCACCACCACCCCCUGAGCCUGCUGACCAAGGACCACCCCCUGCGCCUCAUCCUCCACCACUGCUGCCACAGCCUCCCAACUUUCCCCAGGGCCUCCUGCCUCCUUUUCCUCCAGGCAUGUUCCCACUGUGGCCCCCAAUGGGCCCCUUUCCACCUGUCCCACCUCCCCCAAGCUCAGGAGAGGCUGCAGCUCCUCCGUCCACCAGUGCAGCUGUUUCUCGGCCCAGUGGAACAGCCGCCACCACCACGGCUGCUGGUACCAGUGCUCCUGCCCCAGCAUCUGGCUCUGCCCCUGGCCCAGAGGCUGGCCCUGCUCCUGGCUUCCCCUUCCCUCCUCCUUGGAUGGGUAUGCCCCUGCCCCCACCUUUUGCCUUCCCGCCAAUGCCUGUGCCCCCCGCGGGCUUUGCCGGUCUGACCCCAGAGGAGCUACGGGCGCUGGAGGGCCAUGAGCGGCAACACCUGGAGGCCCGGCUGCAGAGUCUGCGCAACAUACACACGCUGCUGGACGCCGCCAUGCUGCAGAUCAACCAGUACCUCACUGUGCUGGCCUCCUUGGGGCCCCCCAGGCCAGCUACUUCCGUCAACCCCACUGAAGAGACUGCCUCUCCAGUGGUGUCUGCUGCCCCCUCCACCAGCGUCCCCAGCUCUGAGGUCCCUACCCCAUCCCCAGGACCCUCCCCACCAGUCCCUGAAGCUGAAAAGCCUCCAGCUCCUGAGUCAGUGGGCGCUGCGGAGGAGCUUCAGGAUGGAGAGCCUGAUGCUGCAGAACUGCGCCGGCGUCGCCUGCAAAAGCUGGAGUCCCCUGUUGCCCACUGACACUGCCCAGACCUGGCCCUGCUCUCGAGUGGCUCUCUGGAAUAUGUCCUGCCACCAAGUGCCAGCUCCCUCUGUCUGCAUCAGGGAGUAGUAACC